AUGCGUGGCUCUGGGAGCACUGAGAUAGUGAUAGGCGCGGAUAUCCCUGUCUUGGCGGUAUCAACCGUUGAACUUCGGUCUCAUCAAACUCCGGCUACCCAACAAAUCCCUUGCCACAACGACGUUUCUGCGAACACUGUUGCCGAUCCUCGUACAGCCUCCCAAACUUUCCGAACGGCCCUCCCGAGACAGAUGCCCGCCUGGUCAGCAAUCUCACCGAUGGGCACUUCUUCAGCACAUCCACGCAUAGAAGGGACGGAAGGAUGUACAGUACGCAGCGGGAUACGCGACCCUAUGCGGUUCUAG